GCAGGCACCUUUCACAGUACACAGGUUGCAAGACUGGCUGACUACACACACCCUCUUCCACCUAGCAGAGCAAGGCGUCUCCCAGAGACAGGUUGCUGUACCCGCUGUGUGCAUUCCACAGCCUCGCAGGGCAGAUGACCAACCCUGCACACUCUGCACUGCAACACCUGGCACAGGAUCGGACUCUGUACAGCCCACAACCCGGGCACAAGUGAGGACUGGCCGACGCUGGGCUAGAUACAGACAUGUGAUCUGUUCUCGCUAGUCACAGUCCACCUGCUCCCCAGGUACAAAUCUUCCCAUGGAGUGACUCUUGAAGUAAGGCUGUUCCUGGUCAAAAGACAGGUCAUUAAUUACUCUGUCCUCCAACAACGUCUGCCAACCAUCCCUUAGCUCCAAGGACUGUGCGGCCCAACACAAGAAAAUGGAUUUCCGUGCCUUGGUGUCACCCUUGCUAAUCUUGCGCUUCUUUCAGAUCUUCUUCUCCUGCACAGCCUUCAGCCUAGUGGCCAGCGUAGAUGCGUUCCAUAAUCAAUAUGGCGCCUGGAGUAUGUUUACAUGGAUCCUUUGCUUUGUGAUGACCAUUCUAAUCGUCGCUCUGGAGCUUUCUGGGUUCUGUCACAAAAUCCCCAUCUCCUGGGAGGACUUCACCUCGGCUUUCUCCAUGUUGGCUUCCUUGAUGCUCUUCACCACUUCCAUCAUGUAUCCUGCCGUCUUCUUAAAUGGAGGUUGCAGUGGACACAGCUGUGCCUGUAGUGGGGCAGCUACCGCCAUGUCCAUCCUGUGCUUCUUUGCUUAUGCCAUCGAGGUGGGCCUCACCCGGGCAAAGCCUGGGGAGAUUAGCGGCUUCCUGUCUACCAUCCCAGGCCUCUUGAAGGUCUUUGAGGCCUAUGUGGCAUGUAUCAUCUUCUCCCUCCUUCCUGGCUCCUACCCAUACCCUGGUCUCCAGUGGUCAGUGGCUGUAUACUCUAUAUGCUUCAUCAUCACCACACUUAUAAUCAUCCUUACAAUCGGACGCCUCUUGCCAAGUCUGCCCAUUAACUUUGAAAGAGUCCUCAUUGGUUUCAACUUUUUGGCCGUGGCAAUGUAUAUUACAGCUACAGUUGUAUGGCCCAUAUACUUUUUCAAGUCUGUUCCAAAUAGAGACGGGUGUCAAGCUUACUCUAUCUGUCUAUGGGAUAAUGGUGUUGGUAUUACUAUUCUCACUAUUAUUAACCUGCUGGCUUAUAUCGUAGAUACGGCAUAUUCCCUCAGGAUGGUUUUCUUCACAGUCCAAGCCUAGACUUAGGAAAUGUUACGUAUGAAUGGACUCUCCCUUUUUUACAAUAUGUUAAAAAUAUACACCGCACAGCUGCAACACGUAACUGCAGAGGGUUAGAGCCUGCUGAGGACUCUGAAACUUGUUUUAUAGCUGAAUUUGAAAAAAAUCAAUUAAAGUUAAUGAGAUCGGU